GGCACUCAUCCAUUUAGUCAAUUUCUGGUGGACGGUAUAACUACAGUUUCACAGCAGAUAUCUCAACUGGCUGGCCCUCCAGUUCGCCUUCUUGGCGACCUCAUAACCGAUACGGUUGCUCCCGACUACUGGCAGCCAAACUCUGACAUCCGAGAGUGUACUGUUUGUUCCCGCCAAUUCACAACCUUACUGCAAGAGCCAACAGUUCCUAAGUCGAUUAGAAUUUCUAGUUCGACUAAAGAGUCUUCUGAUGAUUUGACAAAUGAUACAAGCAGUGAAGCGCAGCCAACUCUAGGCCAACAUAAAGAUAGAAUUUCCAGCCUAGCUCCAGCUGGUGGGUGGACGGUAGAAAGUAUGCAUGCCGUGUAA